UGCCGGUUUGACGUCCAUUAUUUCUGAAUCAUUUUAUAACACUAGUGAACUCUGUGCCGUGGUGUUAAGGGUCAUUUUUGAACAGCAAAGUUGUUUUGGAAAAAUGCUUCGAACCAAUAGGGAUGGCGUUCCGGCUCCGUUUGAAGAGCGAGUUCUGUACGCGAGGAACAAGUUAUUGAAUGGGGCUAGGCCAGCUGUGGUCGGUGGGACGCCGAUAACUGAGGACUUGGCGACCGAACUACGAGUCACCUGCUUCAGCUCAGCAUCGUGUCCACCUCGGGGCGAAUGGAUCCGCACUCCGCUGGUGAUGAGGCCUCCAGACCAGCCGCUUGGUUACGGACUAGCUGCACCUAGGAACGGAGCCAGGUCCUUGCUCUCCGCACUCCAAGCGCACAUGAUCAAGUGGCUGCUCUUCGACUCGAGGCCACAGACUAAGGACAACAAAUGCGACGUUCCUCCUGACACUUACCUCCGACCUUCGGAGGAACGUCAAGAAGAAGCACUAUGGAGGGCUUGCAGUGAGGUUAUCUGGCGUUGUGGUGGAGGUGGCAACACUGGUCAGGCUGCUGCCGAUCCUAAGGCCGUGGUGGGGUUACCAAGCGGAAAUAAUUACGUGCAACAUAGCUCCCAGUAUUAUCAUGAUGGGGUUACUGAAAAGCUGCACAUUUUCGAAUUCACCACUUUGGAGGAUCUCCAGAUAUUUCUGAAGCGUUAUUUAUAUUUGUUCCAAGUUGAAGAUGGGGUAGGAGCGUUGUUGCUACUCUACGCGUGUGUAUUGUCACGAGGAUGUGAAAACAUCAAGAAAGACCUGGACGGCAAGAUAACGCAUCUGGUGUCAGCUCAUGUGGAAGGGUCCAUCAAUGUGGUGACCCUGCUGCUGACUGGCAGAGCUACUCCGUAUCUUCAUAAUGGAGUCCUGUAUGUUGGUGAUGAAGAUCAUUAUGCAAUGCCACAAUUCGGAAUACUAGCCCGCAGUCCCGUCGGUCUCCUAGUAUGGUACGGUGGUGAGGAGAACUCCAAGAAUAACAUCAAUAAGCAGUUCCCUGGCUCCAGGCUCAAGACUCCAGCUUUACCUAUAUGGGUGACAAGUUGUUCCGGCCACUACGGCGUCCUCUUCAAUACAAAUCGGGAACUGCUGAGAAACUACCACGCCGAGAGGAGGUUUGAUAUCCACUACUACACGUGCGGCGGUUGUCACGUUCUGCUGAAUGUGGACACUCGAGCUCACGUUGAUGUAGCGGGGCCUCUGCGCAGUGAUGACAUCAGUGCUACUCCGCUUGAGAAGUUGAUACAUACUAAAUGGCAGGAUGCGGCUAUCACUUGGACUGGAUCCACGCCAUACGUUGGAGAGCCUGUCAAGUGAAACUUCUUCACUAUUAUUAUAUGUAGCUGUCUAGCUUCAAUAGCCAUUAUUAUAGUUUAAGCUUUAAUCGAUUUUAGAUAUAGUAUACGGUAGAAGAGAUUAUUAUUGCUAUUGAGCUGCUAAAAUAUACUUAACUUGCUGUUUUACUAGCUUCUCCCGAGGGAACUACUUCCCGCACUCCAAAUAAAAGUCUACUCAUUUCUAGUUUAAAAGAUCAUCAAAUAGAACAGUUGUUUUGGCAUUAAUAUUUAUAAUGUUGUUUUAAUAAACUAAUUAUUCAUAUAUACAAACUUAAACUUUUGGCAUUUGUAGUACGAGUAAUAACGAUGUUUUUAGUUUAUUGUUAACUAGCUGUUGCCCGCGACUUCGUCUGCGUGGGCAAUUUGGAAUUGUCAAAAUACUACUUAUGCCGUAGCGUAGGUGUAUUCUUUUACAUAACAAUAUAAUUAGGAUUACCACUUGGCAGCAGCACGGGUUGAUCAAUCAAGGUGGUGUCGACGAUGUGUGACUAUUUAUCUAAACAAAAGAAGUAAAGUUUGUGACGUUGAGGAAAUCUCUGGAUCUAGUCAACCGAUUUGGAAAAUUAUUACGUAAUUCUCACAUAAAACAAAGGUCUGACAAAGUUGUCAUUUGUACAUUUUCUGCAGCAGCUGCGACAAAUCAGGAGCCAGAAAGUCUGUCAAACAGUUUUACUUACCACGGAUAACGCGGUGUCUAGUUCACUGGGUUGAAGAGAUCAGAUAGGCACUCCAAGUAAACAUUGGUACUCAAAAAGAUUCGGUUUGACUGGAAGCCAACACCCACACAAUUGAGGAAUAGCUGGGUGGAUGAUGACUGAGUCAUCAGGCAAGCGCAUAGUUUCACUACUUGUAUUUCGGGGAUUUUCUGUGCACUCACUCACUAUGUUGUGUUGGAAUUCCACCGAAAUGUUUGCAUUAGUUCACGAUCAGGUAAAGUAUACGUCCGAGAGAGUAAGUCCAAUUCGUGUGUUGGCACUUGAAGCCUGCAGUUCUUCCAAGAUUUUCAAAAUGUACGCUCGAAAUAAGUUUGUACGAUUUCAGAACGAACGAACUCUUGUCUUCUGUUGACAUCUUGUUGACGUAUUGUGACAGAUAGUUAUUCCCAUUGAUGUUAAUUUUAGAAGUGAAACAAUGUUUUCGGUCGUAUUUUGCCUACAUUCUUCAUUACUCAAAAAGUAUAUUAAUAAGAACCUUCUAUAUACAUGUAAGUGAAUUCAAAAUAAUGUAAUAUAUUAAAACCAGGAACUUAUUUUUAAGGAUGUUUGAAUAUUAAUUACAAUGUUUUUUUUAUAAUAAUAAAAUCUUACUCGCAAUGCACUUUCAGUGUGAUGCAUGUUUGUUAUCGGAUGAAAUGAAUGGAUAUUCAUGUUUAUGAGAGGUAUAGCUUAUAUUAUGUCAGAACAACAUAUGUAGACUUUUUAAGAAUGUGGGGAAGUUCAUAAUUUCUUCGGGACGUGGGUGCCGCUUCCCAUGGGAACUACUGUCCGCACCGGGAUAAAAUAUACCCUAUGUUACUCGCAGAUAAUGUAGCUUUCUAAUGGUGAAAGAAUUAUAAAAAUGUCCCUGAUGAUGGGCUAUAUUUCUUGUAGUGUUUUUAUAGUAGCGAAAUACACACGUUGUCAUAUAAUUUUUUCUUGAAAGUAGGAACAUAUAAUGACAAAGUGAAGUCUGUUUUCAUUGAUAUUUUACCUACUACCAGUUUUAUGGCACAUCUGUUUCUGCAUGAUUUUCUUCAUCUAUAAUUUUAGGAUAUCAUUUCUUUAAAUUCAGUUUUUUGCUCAAGUUACUUAUAAAAGCGUUAUUUUCUAUGUAAAGAUUGAUAAUAGGCCGAUAAACUUACAAAGUUCAACAUUCAAAUAUGUGUCAUUAUUGCACCCGCUGUUGCAGAAAUGUUUACAGAAAUUAUCGUUCAUUGCUCAUCCCCCGUAGGUGAUAGCGUGAUAAUAUAUAUCCUAUAUGUUGAACCGGCUCCCAGGUAAUAUUCAUGCAAAAUUUGAUUUAAAUCUAUGCAGUACUUUUCGAGUUCAGUGAGACUAAACAUACAGACAAACAGACAAACAGACAUACAGACAAACAGACAAAAAAUCUAAAAACUAUAUAUUUGGGUUCAGAAUCGAUGAUAGAUCACCCCCCAAGUAUUCUUUUAAAAAAAUAUUCAAUGUACAGUUUUGACUUUCCUAUCAUUUUAUUAUAUGUAUAGAUUUGAAACUUUAGUGUCUUUGAUGCAGUUCCGGAAAAAUUGAAAUCUGCUUGUAACGAUAGCAAUAAUG